AUGUGCUAUUGUAAGUAGUUUCCGUAGCUUUUAUGUAACACAUACAUAAUUGACUUUAGAUUAGCAUCCCAUUUCUCAUCUUCCUCUUUCUCUUUGAGCAAUUAUGGCAGCAAUGAACAUGAUUGACUUUCAAAACUGCUUCAUCUUUAUCCUCCUAUGUCUCUUCUCACGACUCUGUUAUUCUCACUUCUUCAAGAAACCAAAGGACCCUCGCCUUCACUUUGAUUUACCUCCGAGCCCUCCGUCUCUUCCCAUCAUCGGUCAUCUGCACCUUCUUCUCUCUGUUCUACUCCACAGAUCUUUACAAAAACUCUCCACCAAGUACGGAUCUAUUCUCUAUCUCCGAGUCUUUAGGUUCCCUGUAGUCCUCAUCUCGUCAGCCUCAAUUGCAUAUGAGAUCUUCAGGGCACACGACCUGAACAUCUCGUACCGCGGUUUCACUCCGACCGAUGAUUCACUUUUUGCCGGAUCUUUCAGCUUUAUCUCUGCUCCCUAUGGAGAUUAUUGGAAGUUCAUGAAGAAGGUCCUAGUUACAAACGUUUUUGGGCCCCAAGCACACGAGCAGUCACGAGGUGUCCGUGCAGAUGUGCUAGAGCGGUUUUAUGGGAAUCUGUUCGAUAAAGCGAUAAAGAAGCAGAGCGUGGAGAUAUGUGCUGAAGCGUUGAAGUUAUCUAACUCCAGCAUCUGCAAGAUGAUCAUGGGGAGGAGUUGUUCAGAGGAGAGAUUCAGGGCUUUGGCUACCGAGUUAGAUGUUUUGACAAAGAAGCUCUUCUUUGCAAACAUGUUGCGAGCAUGGUUUAAGAAGCUUGUUGUCUCUCUGUUUAAAAAAGAAACUACAGUUAUUUCCUACAGAUUCGAUGAGCUGCUCGAAAGCAUUCUUGUGGAACACGAAAAGAAACUGGACGUGCAUCAUCAACGUACGGACUUGAUGGACGCAUUGUUGGCAGCUUAUCGGGAUGAAAAUGCAGAGUAUAAGAUCACAAGGAACCAUAUCAAGUCAAUUAUUGCGGAUCUUUUAUUUGCAGGCACUGAAAACCAAGUGCAGACAAUACAAUGGGCAAUGGCAGAGAUCAUUAACAACCCUAACGUUCUUGAGAGACUGAGAGGAGAAAUCGAUAGCGUGGUAGGAAAGUCAAGGUUGAUUCAAGAAACGGAUUUACCAAAGCUCCCUUAUUUGCAAGCUGUGGUUAAGGAAACGAUAAGACUGCACCCGCCGGGGCCUUUCUUCUUAAGGUUCACAAAAGAAGGGUGUAGGAUCAGAGGGUUCUAUGUACCAGAGAACACGUCAGUCGUUGUUAACGUUUAUGCUGUGAUGAGGGAUCCUGAUGCUUGGGAGGAUCCUCUUGUGUUUAAGCCAGAGAGGUUCUUAGCUUCUUCAAGAGCAGAACAAGAGGAGGAGAGAAGAGAGAAAGAAAUUAAGUACCUUCCUUUUGGAAGCGGAAGAAGAAGUUGUCCCGGAGAAAAUCUAGCUUAUGUCAUUAUGGGAACUGCAAUUGGAGUGAUGGUGCAGGGUUUUGAGUGGAGAACCACAGAAGAGAAAAUUAACAUGGACGAGGCUGUUGUAGGACUGAGCUUGACCAUGGCUCAUCCUCUUAAGAUCAUUCCUGUUGCUCGAACCUCAAACUCUUUAACUUCGAGUUUGCAAAAAUGUUUGUGAGUUUUCACAUAUUAUGUAUGAUAGUUGAAGAUAUAAGCAAGUUGUGGCUUUGUAUAUUUCUGUGUCCAAGUUUCCCGCUUUACGUGUUGACCUCUCUAUAGUAUUUUUCCAGUCAUUUUAGCGGGAAGGUUAAAAUGCAUACGGGUACAUUUGGUACCCGACCCGUUAAUCUAUUUUGUUUAUUAAAUCUUACUUGGG